GUUCUAUGUUUACUUCCGGUAGUGCAAGUGUACAAUUUUUAAAGAUAAUUUACUAAAUUGAGUUCUUGUUUGCAUGCGUUACAAGUCAAGGAAAAGACAAAAAAGAUACCAAGGAUGUAAGCAAACUAAUUAAGGAAGUUUAGAACCCUAUAAAUUAAGACAGACUAAGAGAGGGGUGACAGAUUUGCCGAUAUCCUUUUAAAAAACAGAAACUCUCAUCUUGAUAAUGGAUGCAAAGUAAAUUCAGUACUUCCCUGAAAACUGCGGAUAUUUGUGAUAUAAGAGGAGAAGUUGAGAGUGACUGGUAGGGAACAGAGAGAUGGGACUGACUGAUAUGAUGACUACACAGAGUAAGCUGCUCCUAUUGCUAAGUUUGGUGUGUGCAUCAUGGGCUGAAGCCAUCAACCAAAACAAUGUAAUAGAGCAAGUUCAGCCUAAAGGUGGUGGUUGGAGGUUCGCAAAUUCAGAUAAUUCACCCAAUAACCAGGGGAACAUUCCACAGGAUAGACCUAUACAGCAAAAUGGGGCUCAGCAACCACAGUAUGAAAGAAUUGGGAAUAAGUUAUACAGUCAAGACCAGCUGAAGAACCUGAAGGAAGAUCUGAAACCCUUACAAAGCCUUGUAAACAGGAAUCAACAAUCAGUUCAAAACUUUGUUAAUCAGAAUGUUGCACAGAAUCAACGUGUUGUCCCGAAUAUAAACAAUGGUAACCAAGCUGAAAACACCAAUGUAGGCAAUGUUGAUGUUGAUAAUUCUAGACAAAGAAUUGAACCUGACAAUGCAAUACCAGUAAAUGGAGAUUCUCAGAAGGGGAUAUCUGUUGAAGUGAGGAAAGACUCUGUGAUAGGAAGAAGGAUUGUUGAUGGUUCUGAAAAUAUGGGAAAUGUUCAAAAUGACCAUCAAGCAAAUGGAAAUGGUGCUUUUGAUGUAGCCAAUAAUCCAGUGCCCCAGGGAGCUGAUGCUAAUAAAAUAACAGGGGAUCUGUUUGAUAAGAAGGAUACUAGAUCAGAUAAUAAUAAUGGUGGAAUACCAGGUCAUGUUCGUAUAAUUGAUGGUGAUGUAGAGAAGAACUUUAGAAAUGAUGAUAAUCAAGGAAUAGACACAAAUGAAAUACCUCGUAAUAUAGGGCUUCCUGCUGAUGUGAAUAAUGUAGAGAGAGAUCAACAGAACAGGAAAAAAGUGAUUCAACCAACUGAAGAAGAGAAACCAGGGAGUUUAAAGGUAGUUUGGGAUUGGAGUGACUUUGCUGUGAACUUUGAACAGUAUGUAAUGCCAGAGCAGAAAAUAAGAAGAGCACCUCAUUCAACAACAGGAGAACCAUGGCCAUUACCACAGUACUAUGUAUCCAAAAAGGACAAAAUAUACAGAAUUGACCGUGCUAGUUUUCGGUUUGAUCUCUCAAAAAUUAAGUGUGAUAUUAUAGAAAAAGCAAUAGAGAGGUACAGGCCAUAUGUUUUAGAAGAUCCAGUUGAGGAUGUGUAUGAUAAUUUUCAACAUUCCCAGAGUACAAUGUUUGAAGAUCCAUCCAUUAAGUAUGAUAAACAAUUGUUUUUAGAUGCACCUGUUCUUCCAAGAGUUUUGAUAAAGAUACGUAAACCAUGUUCUAAAUAUCCUACAGCCAAAUCUGAUGAGUCAUAUGAUUUGUUUGUAAAACGUACUGGUGUACAUAUUUGGGCAAAUGAGGUGUGGGGCGCUUUACGAGGUUUAGAAACUUUUAGUCAACUCAUCUUUAAAGGAACCAAUCAACUGUUGUACAUCCGAGACACAGUGAUUAAUGAUUAUCCACGAUUCUCUCACAGAGGUCUUCUUAUUGACUCGUCAAGACAUUUUAUAUUCAAGGAGACCAUCUAUGAUGUUCUGGAAGGCAUGUCACAAAACAAGAUGAAUGUUCUACACUGGCAUUUAGUAGAUGAUCAGUCCUUCCCAUUCUAUAGUAAUGCCUAUCCUGAUCUUAGUGCAAAGGGAGCCUUUCAUCCUUCUUUUGUGUAUAUGCCAGAAGAUGUGGCUGAUAUAAUAGAAUAUGCACGUUUACGGGGUAUACGAGUGGAACCAGAAUUUGAUACACCAGGUCAUACCUAUUCCUGGGGAUUAAGCAGACCAGAUUUAUUGACUCAGUGUUACCAAGGUGACAGACCUGUAGAUGGCUACCUGGGCCCUAUGGAUCCCACCAAGAACGAAACUUUCAGAUUCCUGAAAAAUUUCUUCAAAGAUGUCAUUCAUUCAUUCAAGGAUCAGUAUAUACACUUGGGUGGAGACGAGGUCCCUAUGACAUGCUGGCAAUCUAAUUCUGAAGUAACAAAGUUCUUGGCAAAACUAGAAGGUAAACCAGAGACUGAGAUCAGAAAUUCAGAUCCUUACUAUUACAGUUAUGACAUUAGAAAAGUGCUGGAAUAUUAUGUUACCAGACUUAUUAAAGAUAUCAAAAGUAUGAGCUCAACAAGAUCAUCUGGAGUUAGACUCGUGUUUUGGCAAGAAAUUAUGAACAAUAAUGUCCAGCUUCCAAAUGACACAAUUAUACAAGUAUGGCAGGGUGGUAUGGAGGAAGUAGAGAGAGCGAUCUCGCUCGGGAUGAAUGUCAUAUAUUCCUCUUGUUGGUACCUUGAUCUCAUUGAGUACGGUACAAAAUGGUCGAAAUAUUACCAGUGUGAUCCUGCUGAUGCAACUUAUGGAUUUAACAUUGAUGAGAGUAAGGUUCUUGGUGGAGAGGCGUGUCUGUGGGCGGAAUAUAUUGACAAUGAAAAUCUCAUGACUACGCUGUGGCCUAGAGCAUCUGCUGUAGCUGAGAGGUUAUGGAGCAGUAAGGAAGUGAGGGAUUUAGAUGCUGCAGCUGCAAGACUUCAGGAGCAUAGGUGUAGAAUGCUCAGUCGAGGUUUGGGUGUUGGUCAGAUAAGUGGUCCAGAUUACUGUUUACGGAGGGGAAAGAGAAGACAGAGUGUGAAUGAAACAUCCAGUAACUGUACGCAGGCACAGUGUUCAGGAUACAAUGAGAAGAGUCGUUUUGAGGUAGAAAAUAUUAAGGUGGAGUUUGAGCAAAAGGGAGGGAGAAUUUCCGACUGUUCUCAGGCUGUGUUACAAGCAGGCGGCCAGUUAACAGUAGUCAUACUUCUAUUAAUUCUUGUUGCCAUAGCAGCGACCUUGACCGUUACAAAGAAAAAAAUGGCACAGGUUAGAAUGUGUAAAAAUAAAACAAUAUUAUUGGUUUUUGUGACAUUAAUUCUAGUAUAUUUUAUGUGCUAUACUUCCAUUUGGAUGCAAGCUAUGGAAUUUAAAGGAUCUUUUGAAAAAAGAGUGAGUUCAAAUGUACAACAGACAUAGUAUUUAACUUAUUUUAGAUUGUGUAGUGAUAAACUAGGUUUCUCCUUUACACAGGACACAAAGCUGGUCCAUUUUACAUAGUAGUUUCCUUUGUUAUAACAAACCAAGACAAAUAUUAAGGAACAGAAAUGUUGGGUAAUUUUUGUAUUUGAGUUUUUCAAAAGAAUUGCAUAGUGUAAAAUUCAGAUAUAUGUGUAGAAAAUAAUACUUGCCUGAUAAGAUACAAUGUUCAAACAAAGGAUUUGUGUUCUGGAGAUAAAAUGAUGAGAAUUAUAUGUUAAACCAUGCUUGUGCUAUACUCGCCAAAAUGAAUGAAGUAAUGUUACGUGUUCAUUAAAUUUUUUCCCUCAUAUGUAAAUAAGUUAAUGCUAAGAAAGGGAAACUGUUAUUGAAAAUAUCAAUCACUUGUAUAUACUUCAAGGUAAAGGUGAAAGAUGAAUGCUUCUGCUGGUCGUCUUUUCUCUCGACACAUCAUGAUUUGGGCGUUUCCCCAUAUAAACUUACUUUAGAGAAGUUUUAAAUGUUCAAGAUUUAAUCCAUGUUCAUUUUGUGAUAAUGUUAUAAUAUUAAUGUGAUUGACAAGCAUUAUUUUCAAAGUGAUUGGCUAUAAAAGUAGUCCUAUGUUUAUUAUAAAAUGAUAGAAAGAUUACACUCUUUUAAUGUAAGAUCAAAAUAUAUUUCACAGAGUGAUCACAUGAUGCAAUAUUUUUAUGAGUGGCAUGAAUAUAUUCCAGCUGGUGUCAAUGAGUGAAAUAUGGUUUGAUAUUACAUGCACAACAAACAAGUUUUCUAUUUAUCCCAUGUUUUUUUUGUGGUUUUAAGUCAUUUUGACUGUAUUUUUAGCUGUUUUACAUGAUGAGGUCAUAAUCAUGAUGUCAUCAGCUCAUGAUGUCUCAGUGUUUAUGUUGAAUAUCAAUUCUGUAAAAUUUCAAAUAUUUAUGUGAUUCUGUUACCAUCUUCACAGUGAAAUUAUUAAAUGUUAUUUUACUGUCUACUGGAAAGCUUGUUAUAGAAUAGUUAUAGGAUUAGUUUGCUAUUUAAAACUGUACACACCAGUACUUCACCACCAUCAGAAUUAUUACAAGAUGAAAGUAGCAUCAAUAGAGACCGUGUUGGCUCAACACUUUCCAUUCUAAUAUAUACGUAAAGUGAUGUGAUGUAUUUAAGUGAAAUGACAAAGUAAAGUGAUGUGACGAGCAAGUUUAUACAAGCUAUUGAUAUGUGAAUAGUUCAAUGUGUGCCAUAACAUGAUGAUAUACUUAAGUGUGAUAUACAUGUGUUAUGAUAAGUGUUAUUAUCAUAAAAUAUAAUCAGUGAUUAAAAAAUUUAUAUAUGUUUGAAUAUUUACCACACAGAUAUAAAGUAUUGGAUUUAGUUACAUAAUUAUAUCUAUAGGGGAAUUUUAUCAGAACUUUUGUGUUUGAAGAAAAAAAAAAUAUUUUGUAAAAUAUGUGUAGACAUCUAACAUGAGAGUCUUGAAAAAUUUUAGAAUAUGUUCUAAAUGUUCAUUAAAUGUGAAAAAGCUUCAUUUUUAGACUCUCAAAAGAUAAAAAAAUGUACAUAUAUUUUGAAGGAAGAAUUUAUGCACUUCUUUGUUUCACUAAUAUGAGCUCUUAAUUGGCACUUUAUCUGUACAUGUAGAUUUAUGUAAACUGUUAGAUACAGUUAUUUAUAUAAGUGCUGUUUUUCCAUCACCCGGUGUGAUACGUUCCUGUUAUAUGUAUAGAUAUACUUUUUGUUUGACUUUAGUGAGGAGUUAAAGAAAAAUGAAUCUCUGAUGAUACACUGUUUAAGAAAUAACAUUUACAGUUCUUGAACCAAAGAUCAUAGAUGUAUGAAAAUAGAUCCUUUCCAAACUUUAUCUAUUGACAUAUAUAAUUAUAUUUCAAUAUUGAAAAUAUUGUUUACAGUUUUUUUGUGUUUUUUUUGUUGAAUAUGUGUAUACAUUGUAAUUUGUAAGUAAGUUAAUAUUUUUUGUUAAAACCUUUUAAGGCUAACUUUUGAAAAUAUAAAGGAACUUUUAUAUUUACACAUUUUGUAUAUAGAUUUUAUAAUUUUUGUAAUGCAUUUAUAUCUGUUCAGUUUAAGUGAAAAGAUAUUCUAUGUUAUUGUUUUGUAUCAGUAUUUAUUUCAUAUAUAACUUACCCACCGGUAUCACAGUUAUCAAAUUACUAAAAUCAAAGAGAAAUUUUUAUAUAUAAAUAUUUAUUAUCAGAUUUUAGAAAUUAUUUAUGUUAAUAACAUCUGUUUUGUAAACUUAACUUAUUUUUCUUUGGCCCAUUUUAUGUAUUGUGGUCAGUCUUCGUCCGUUAAUGGUCAUACCAUCAUUAAUUAUUGCGGGAUUUCUGGAUUAUCAUUUUCUCGCAUGUCAGACUUUCUUUACUGAUAGUUUUACACACACUGGUAAUUUAAUCUGACAUUCGGCACUUCAUUCAAGUUGUAAAUUUAUAUGCUGUUAUUAGAAAAUAAUUGCAGAUAAAAUGAGGUACCAAUGUGGACCUGUCCAUAGAUGGUUAUGAGGCUUGCUACUGGAUGGUUACCCGUGAUAACUCAUUUCAUCUGUUAACUAUUUUCAUAUGAAAGCGUAUGAAUUUACAACUUGAAUGAAGUCAUGGUGGAGCAUGCUAGAUGAUGGGUGGUAAUGAUGUUACUGGGCAAGUUCCAAUAGGAGAGAUAUUUCUAUCUUAACCACAAAAAUAUGACUGGUAUUAUCAUCAUACUUAAAUAGCUACAAUCUUUAUGUAGUUGCUUGAAACAGUAGCCUUCGAAGAAAAAUGAAUAUCACCCCCUUUUUGUGGUUGUGUACAAGAUUUGGUCAGCCGAGUUAAACAUUGAGAGAAUAAAGUUGUAAACUAAUAGUACAACUUCAGGUGAAAUAAAUGAUGUUCUUGCCCAGUUUCUCAGGUUAACAAUCCAUGGCCCUUAAGGACCUCUUGUAUUAUUCAGAGUUUUGUAUUCACAUUUAUUUUGUACUUUGAAUAACAAAAUUUAAUUUAAGUAACAAAAGGAGAGACCAUUUAUUAUGUACUUAUGUUUUAGUAUUUUAUACUUUAAGACUUACAGACUAGCACUUCCAUACAGGGUAUUUAUAUAUAUUUUUUGUACAUACAAUGUACAUACUACCUUUUUGUUCAUAGGAUAACUUACAAAUACCAGUUUAUAGUAUUAGUUUUGCAUUUAUAGUAACAAUGCACUCAGAGAUUUCAGUUUAGAAGUAGAAUUUCAGAAUUAUCUAGUUAUGAUAUUGUUGAAAUUGACAAUUGGAUAGUGUCAUAUCUAAUACAAUACAUACUAGUGUAAAAUAAAAGAAAGAAUAUUCAAUGCUUGCAUUAUAACAUAAAUGUAUCUCUGCAUUUGUUCUCCCUAUAAGUCUAGAAAGGAGACUUUAAGCCUUGGACAAGCUACAUCAUGUGACAUGCUGUGACAAUUUGGUUAACAAUAAUAUGUCUAAUAAGAUUUGCAUAGUGAAAUUAUUUAUGUAGAGCAGCUGACAAUUAUUUGCAGAAAGAACAAGUCAGUACUGGUAGAGAAACCAGGAGAACUUGAACAACGAAUACCAUCAUAUAUGUCAUUCUGUUCCCUAGGAUUUAUCUUGUCUAUUUCCAAAUUAUUAUGAUAAAAUGCGUUUUAAUUAUUAAAUAGAAAGGUAGUGGACACUUUUUCAUUUUCUUAUAUCCAAGGUCAUAAUCAUUAUAGUGGUGUGACAAAUACAUGUUUUUCUGGAAGUGUAUUUUUUGUUUUUGCUUAUUUUAUUUUUUGUUUGUGUUUGUUUUUGUUUUUUUUUUGCCUGUUUAAGCUUUUUGUUGUUAAUUAUUUCACUGCCUUAUUUUGUUUUGAGCAGAUGAGAGUAUGUUGUAGUUAAUAUGAACUUUAACAAGAUUAGUAUGGGUAUAGUGACAGUAAAAUCAAGUCAUGUCUUUGAUAGGUAAAUGUACAUGCAAUCAUUUAUUCAUGUGAGCAAUAAUUUAUGUGUUUGAUUGUUAAUUUUAGCAAUUAUUUAUUUGAGCAAAUUUUCAGAAAAGUGAUUUUUCAUGUAAGCAUUUAUUCAUAUGAGCAAUUAUUUUAUGAAUGAUAUUUCAUACGAGCAAUUAUUCACAUGAGCAAUUAUUUUUAUGAAUGAUAAUGUAUUUCAUGUGAGCAAUUAUUCAUAUGAGCAUGUUUUUUUCUCUCAGCGAUAAUUCAUUUGGGCAAUUAUUCAUAUGAGUGAUAAUUGAUAUAAGAAAUAAUUCAUGAGUGAUUAUGCAUAUUGGUUAUUAUUCAUUUGGAUAAUUAUUAAUGGGUGAUUAUUUGUGUGAGGAGCUAUUAUUCAUAUGAGCAAUUAUUCAUUCGAAUAUUUAUUCAUGAGUGAUUAUUUUUGUGAGCAUUUAUUCAUUUGUGUGAGCAUUUAUUCAUAUGAACAGUUAUUCAUAUGAGCAAUUAUUCAUAUGAGCAAUUAUUCAUGUGGGUAAAUAUUGAUUUGGGUGAUUAUUCAUGAGUGAUGAUAUGUGUUAGCAGUUAUUCAUAUAAGCAAUUUUUCAUGUGAGUAAUUAUUCAUGUGAAGUAAUUUAUUCAUGAGCACCAUGGGCCCUAGCUAAUGACCAGAGAUUGCUGUAUACCAUUUUUGGCUGACAGAUCUGAUGAUGAAAUUAAUUUAAAUCAUUAUAAAUAUUGUUAAUGUACAUUGGCUUUGUUAGAGUUUAAUUAAGAAUGUUCAUGACACAUAAAAUGCUUGUUUGCUAUGUGAAUGUAUAACAUUUUAAAACAAAUAUACUAGUAACGUUUUAAGUUACAUGUACAAAAAAUAUCAUUGGCAAGAACAUCUUUUGAAUUGUGUAAUAUUUCAUAUAAAUGUUGUUUUAGUGUAGCUGUAGAUAUACAGGUUUAAAGAUGAAAUAAAAGGCAAACAUAAGGCAGUAUGGAAUAAGUGAUGAUAAAUAUAUAAAUAUCUUAAUUUAUAUGCCUAGAUAUGUCCAUCUAUACAUGCAGUAUACACAUUGUAUGAAUUGUAGAAUUAUUUAUUUUGAAAUAAUAAAAUUAUGUUAGUGGUAUAUGCAAUGACUUAAAUAUUGUUAACAUUACUACAAACGGUUGCCACACAAAUUUAUUUUCUUCUUUUUCCCUUUAAUUUGACUUAUUACAGUGCUGAAAAUAUCACUAUUUGUACAAUGAAAGGUAAAUACUUUAAACUAUAUAAACUGUUGUUCAAAUAAUUAAUUACCUCAGAAAUGUAUUUUUACAUUUUAAUAUCAGAUGUUAAGACAUUCUGAUAUUACAAUGAAAUAAAUAUAACCGAGAAAUCCAUAGAAAGUUUUGUAAAAUAGUACUGCUUUUCAUAAGAUAAUUCAGGUCCAUUUUUUGUGUUGUGAAUCUAUAUUAUUUGUAUAUUUUGCUCUUUCAUUACAUUAUGAUUUUUUAUGCCCCUCUCAUGUAAAGGAAUGGGUAUAUAAUUGCUGCUUUGUCUGUCUACCAUGAAGUGAACAUAUUGAGUACAGAUUGAUAAAUAUCUUGAUUUUCUUGUUUAAAUAACACAGUGCACCCAGUCCGCAGUAAAAAUGUGUAUGAUAUGGUUUUUGAAACCUCAGAUUCCAAAAGGCAUUAAAGUAUAAAGCCUUAUUCAUUAUCAUUAUUACCAUAUUGUGUCAGACAAGUCCUAAUAAACAAUCCAGCUUGGAGCUUGUUGGUUUCACAAAUGAGCUGCGUCACGACAAAACCAACAUAGUGGGUUUGCGACCAGCAUGGAUCCAGACCAGCCUGCGCAUCCGCGCAGUCUGAUCAGGAUCCAUGCUGUUCCCUUACCAACUCUAUUACAUGUAGAGAAACUGAUAGCGAACAGCAUGGAUCCUGAUCAGACUGCGCGGAUGCACAGGCUGGUCUGGAUCCAUGCUGGUCGCAAACCCACUAUGUUGGUUUUGUCGUGACACGGCUCAAAUAUUUUGUUAAUCCUCUGUCUCAGAAAGGUAAUAUGGUUAUAUCAAUGACUUCUGUCUGUUCAUCUGUGUGUCUUUACAGUUUCUGUGACUGCUAUACAGAUAAAUAUCAUGAGGUUUUGGUUAAAUGUUUAAUUCAUGGAGAUAAUGUGUAGAUCAAUGUGGUAUUUGAAAAAACACAUUGUAAUUCCAACUUUAUAAACUUAUAAUGCAGGAGGGUUUGUUUUUUUUGUUUUGUUUUUCUUCAUAAUCAGUUUUGUUGCAGUAAGCUUAGAUGAUAUAUUUAUUUGUCUGGAAUGUUUACUUUUCUGUUACCAAUUUUUGGCAAAAUCAUUUGUAUUUCAAAUGCAAUUGUAUUUUUAAUUUAUACAAAAAAUCAAAUAAUGAUAAAACAACACGAAGUAACAUAUUUGAAUGUUUAAUUUUUACAAUAAUGAUUGUAUCACUUAACUUGAAAAUGUGAUUUUAGUAUUUAGUUUAUCUUAUCACUUGGAAGAUUUAAAUGAAAUUAAAACAUUUUGUUGUAACAGUCUUAUAGUGGUACCAUAAUUGGUAGAUAAUGGAUAUAAUAAUUAAGAUAUAAUGGUCUUUAAUAAACAUAUAAAUUUUGUCUGAACUGAAAAAGUAAUUUAACAAUUGGAACUCUUUUAAGAUACGAAUAAUCAAUAUGUGUUACCCAGUAUCACUUUUUAAGUACUGAUUUGAUAAUGAAAUAACAUCUCUUUUUCUACCAAAUUAACUCACUCCCAAAAAUUUUUAAGGAAAUUUUGCAAGGUGUGUAUUAAUUAGAGAAUUUAGGAUGUUAAUUUAUAACUUUGUUAAAUUAAAUGCAUGAUAUAAAUUACUCUAUAAAAAUGUUAAUAAUUUCUAAAACACAAAUAAAGUUUUGUUACUUUUAUACAUAUACUAAUCAUGAAAGUCUCUAAAAUUUUUAUGAAGCUUGUUUUUAACAUUUGUUUGAUGAAGAUAAUAUCAUAUUUUCCAUAAUCUAUAUAUACAUGUCUGUAUAUUUUCUUGUAAUGGUAAAUAAGUGCUGAAAAGAUAAUUUGGUUAAUUGUCUUCCACCUUAAAUGUUUUUGCACACAUUUUUGAAAAUCAGUAUAUGGUUGUUUUAGUACUAAGAUACUUACAAAUAAAUAGAUAUAUUUCUAUACAAAUAGAUAUAUAGUAAAACAUGUGACCCUCAACUUUCUGGACCUUUGUCACCAGUAUAGAGCCGGACCAGCUUGUAUAUCUAUGCAGUCUGACCUGGCUCUAUACGGUUGGUAGAUCAAUUUUUGAAUACUGAUAAUUGAAAUCCCUUUAACUUUAAACAAGCUGUUCCAAAUUUAAAACAGCAAAUCCAUUAGACAAAUUCAGCAGGUAAAGAUUAAACUAUAUUAAAAUAUUGUUAAAGAAGUGUUUAUUUUUACUAGAGAUUGUUGUACAAUUCAUUUACAAUUGAUAUAUUUAUGUACAUGUUAAUGUUGUUUACUGUUGGAAAAUAUGAUAGAAUAUGUUUGUACUGUGUACAAAGAGAGGCAAAUGUUCAUACACUGUGACCAUCUGCUUUGUGUAUGUUGGCAUGACAGGCAAUAAAUCAUUCAAAAAUA